UUCUACAAUCUAAGCAAUGUUCAGUUACAAGAUGGAAGGAUUUUCAGCUCCUCUGCUAAUGCUGAUGCUAACAGGUCAUUUUACACUCAGUAAGGCUUACACACCUCCGAUAUCGGAACCUUUUUUUCUUGCAAGGCCAAGCAAUGCAAGGAGUCCAGAAGAAGUGCAGGUAGAGAAAGGAAUGUCCCUAAAAAUAACAACUUUCUGUGAGCAUAAAUAUUUCCAAGGAGAUAAGAUCUGGUGCAGAGAAAAACACCUGAAAGAAUGUGACCUGAAAGGACCACUAAGCCACUCCAGAUCAGGAUGGAGGUACCUAACUGCUCAGCCAAACCAAAAAAUCUUGCUACAGCAUUCAACAAAUGGCUGCGUUUCUUUGCUCAUGACAAAUCUCCAAGUUGAGGAUUCAGGGAUAUACUGGUUCGGGCUUCUUGAAGGUCUGGAGAUUGUCUCUUCAAACAAAAUCAAAGUGGUGGUCCAUGAAGGUCAUAUUGUACCAAGCAGGACUGUCUCACCUCCAACAUCUAGCAUUCCUUACUUCAAAUCUAGCAAGCAAGAAAAUAUUGAAGAAGUAAUGAAGGUGGAAGGAGAGUCCCUCAGCAUAGAGGGCUUCUGUUCCCAACAAUAUAUACAAGCAAAGAAAGUCUGGUGCAAAAGCGAACUGCUCAAAGAAUGCAACCUAGAAGAUAAUCUAAGUUUCUCAGGACCACAAUGGAGGUUACUAACUACUGAAUCAAACCAAAGAGUCAUACUAAAGAAUUCAGAAAAUGGCUGUAUUUAUUUCUUCAUGCCAGCACUUCAAGUAGAAGAUUCCGGGAUAUACUGGUUCGGUAUUCUUGAUGGCCUGCAUAUUACCCAUUUAAGAAAAAUCAAAGUAAUCGUUCAAAAUGGUCAGCAAAAUAACAGCAUUGUGACAGCCACCUGUGAAAAUGAACAAAGAGUUUACCAUGUUGUCUUGGUUCUGGGUUCCAUUAUGGUUGGCAUAACAAUUAUUGCAGCCCUCGCUUGCAUUGCUGCAAUGAUUAUCAAGAGGAAAACUAGAGCAACAGCUGACCUUAAUUUCGGUGAUAACCCAAACUGUAAAGUAAUAACACUACAGAUAAAUGAAAGCAAAGCUGCCAACAAACCUGUGGACACAGAAAUGAAACCAGUAUAUGCCAUACUGAAGAAGCCUCAGUCAAGUAUGGAAGAUGUUACAUAUGUCAACAUGAGGUUUCCACUAAGGUCAAAUAUCAAGCAUUGUAAUAAGCCACCUGAUGCAUUCUCCCCUUCAGUGUCUGUGAAAUAUGCAAAUAUCAGCUUUGAACCAAGUGUUCCACAUGUUCAGGAUUAAAGACAAACUAGCCUUACUUGGAUGAAUUCCAGGAUUCUGCUUCUGAAUGGAAAAACAAACUUAUAAAAAGGCAAGACUUACCUUUCAAUUCUAAGGCAAAUAAAUAUACCAGGUAUUGCAUUAACUUCCAGCACUGUCAGUCUAAUUUUGAUAUUAUUAGCAAGCUAUCCUAAAAGACUGCAACUCUCAUGUGGUCCUCUGUGAGAACAGCCAUGAUCCAACAACUGCAUGGAGAAACAUCUGUUUGAACCAGGCUCUGCACAGCAAGACAGUGAUUGAUCAGACUGAACAUCACAGGUAUAUUAAACAAAUUGAUAUGCUUUUUCUUCUUUAAGACUCCAAGUUUGAAGCUCCUUCAUGCUAUGGAAGUUUUAAAUUUUUCAACAUAAAUGUAGCUGUAGUAUGUAUGUAUGAAUGUAAAGCUCUUAGUAUACAGAAAUAAUUUGUUCAUGUAAUUAUCCAGCAGGGAACUGGUUUCCUUGGAUGAGCACAGUUCAUGGAAAAUCCUAAGCUAAUGCAUUAACAUAGCAUUUAAUCAGUAUAUAUUUAAUGUCAAACAAAUAACAACCUUAGCAUGGUAGGAACAGUCGGGCUUUUGUAUACCUCACCCAAGCAUUUUGCUGUUAAGGUCAGGUCCCACCAAAAUUGUACCAUUAUCUGCAUCA